AUGAAUAUAACACAAUGAAACAGCAAAAUUUAUCAUACAAUAUUUCACAGCUGUUAAAAGAUCCCAUAAAUCAGACAUCAGUCCUUGUUUCAUGUCCUUUGAAAAAAAUGACCUCUGUCUACUGAGCGUUCUUUUACUACAAGAAUAGCAAGUGGUAAGACCCUGAACUCCUGUCUUUUCAAACAAUUGAAUUCAUAUAGCAGAAAACUGGCAUCAGCAAGCAAAGCAGCUGCAUACGUUCCAAAUAUUGCUCUAUUUAAAGCAUCCCUUAAGCUCACAGCAACAACUACAGAAGCAAACCUUUAAACUUGUCCAUAAAUUCAGCAGGGAAGGAAUGGCAGAGCCAGAAAAUCAAUACUCACGUUUUGUUAUACCUGCACUUCUUGUGGUUGGCUGGAUAAUUGGUUGUGCAUUAAUGGUGUACAUUGUCUUCUCUUGAUUAGAAAUUUUUUUUUGUCCCACAGGAAAGAAAAUUUUGCAAUGAUGUCGAUUAGAAGAACCCAGAAAUUUAAAUGGAAAUCUCUAGUCAUUAAAUUAUGUGCUGUACACGUUGUAUUUUAAUAUCACAAUGUAGGAUUGAAUAUGGACUUUGUCCAAUGUAAAUGAGUGAGGCUCAUUAGAGAUGAGAAGAUUCAUCCUGCCAUUUUUGUAAUCUUUAAGUACUUUGGGAGUCCAAUCAUAGGUCCACCUGUCUUCCAAACCACAGAUUGCUGCCAUCUUCAAUUUUCAGCAUUUUGUAAACAGAAUCUUUAUUUUUGGUUAUAAACACACAGUUCCAGCUGGAACUGGAGAUCUAGAAAUAAACCUAUAUAUUGUGAUAUAUGGUAAAGCAAAUUACAUGGGAUGUAAGCUAUCCCUAGCAAAUAGAUUGGUCAUUGUUAAUUUUUUGUUAUUAAAAAAACAGGAAUCAAACUAUAAUGGAAAUAAUGCCUUAAACUCUGAUACAUAGGUUCUAAAUAAAUUUUACAAAACAAAA